AUUUCGUUCGGUUUUCAGCAAUUUUCCGUAUUUCAAUAUUGUACAAUCAAAAGUGUUUGACGAGGUAGGUGUAUGGACCAGAACUGAUCCAGGAGGUUUCUUAGUUUACUUGUUGUGUGGUCAAUGUUAACGAAAAGUGCCCUCCAGCCCUCCGGGGCAAAUAGAUUUUCCUACCGUGGGGCAAGUAACUUUCCCUUGUCACUUGCCCAACGGACAAGUGCUUACGGUAAGUACUUUGCCAGUCAAUUAAUAAAACGGGAAGCCAAAACGAGCAUGCCAUUGCCCAGGGCUAGCAAAAUUUGAGAGCUACUUGUCCGAAGGGAAAGCUGGAAAUCAAACAUUUUUCCAGCUUGGGAUCGAUUGGCAUGGCAAAUCAAGCCAAAAGACUGUAAUCCGCAGUAUUUGGUAGUAGUUUACGUGCUCAUUGGUAGAAAAGACGUCCAAGCCAUAUCAUUUCAUGUUGUUGUAAGUAAAAUCCUCCUGUUAACAGGUGAUGUAUACGGACAGACCUCUCGUUGUAUGCGCCCCGACUGGGUCUGGCAAAACCGUUAUUUUUGAACUUGCCAUCAUUCGGCUACUCAUGAACAGUGGACAGGGAACAUCGAAGGCCAAAGUAGUGUACAUGGCCCCAAUGAAAGCGCUCUGCAGCGAGCGAUUCACAGACUGGUCAACCAAGUUUGAACCAUUUGGCUUGCGAUGCAAAGAAGUGACAGGCGACAGCGAACUAGACGACUACUAUGAACUACAGAACGUCCACAUUGUCAUGACGACUCCUGAAAAAUGGGACAGCAUGACUAGAAAGUGGAGGGACAACCGUUCUUUGGUUCAAUCGGUGAAGCUGUUCCUCAUUGACGAGGUUCAUCUCCUAAACGAUGAUGCGAGAGGCGCUACUGUUGAAGCGGUUAUCAGUCGCAUGAAGACCGUUCAGUCCACCAUGACUCGAAAUAGCACAUCAGGAAACAAGAACAGUCUGGAAAGAGCGAGCAUGCGAUUAAUAGCCAUCUCAGCCACCAUACCAAAUGUUGAAGAUAUCGCGGCUUGGCUCGGAGGAAUUGACUCACCCGCAUCACACUACAGUAUGGACGAUUCACACAGACCAGUCAAGCUAAGAAAGGUUGUCCUUGGCUUUCCUAAAGGAAAUAACUACUCUGACUUCCGAUUUGACUUGUCUUUGAAUUAUAAACUAAGUGGAAUCAUUCAGACUUACUCCGAUCGAAAGCCCACCCUUGUGUUUUGUUCAACUCGAAAGAGCACUCAGCAAGCAGCACAGAUGCUUGUGAAAGACGCACGAUUUAUCAUGAACUCACAGCACAGGCAAAGGUAUUAACAAACUUGCAUGAGUUACUGUAGUAUACUCAGUUAUUGAGUGUGAUGUAUUUCCUCUACUUCUCCUUGGUCUACAAAAUUGAAUUUUUUGACGAUAUUUCAGUUUUCGUGUUGAAAUCAAAAUUUUGUUCCACGACCGA